AUGUCCCUCUAUGAUAAAUCCGUCACCGCCACACGAUCGGCACACAGGACUUCGGAUACUCUUCACUCGUUGGUUGCGGGGUCCGUGGCUGGUGGCCUUGAGAUCGGCAUGUUAUCAUCCGAUACAGUUGCGAAAACGCGUCUGCAGCUUAAUCAAGUUUCAGGACGGAAUAAGCAGAAUGUGCCUUGGCCGAGAUUUGGGUUACAGUGGUACUCGGGAUGUAUACCAUUUCUCAUAGGCAACUCGGUUAAAACAAGUAUCCGAUUCGUCUCCUUCGACGGAUACCAGAAGUUACUUGCUGAUGACGAUGGGAAUAUAUCCAGGUUCGGCAUUCUUCUGGCAGGUUUUGGUGCUGGGGCGACCGAGUCCCUACUGGCCGUGACACCGAGUGAGCGCAUCAAGACAAUCAUAGAAGCCUAG